AUGGCUAUAGUUUUGAGAUAUGCUGAUAGACUAGGGAUUGUAAAGGAAAGAUUUAUUGGAAUUGUUCACAUGUUGGAUACAUCUUCUUUGACUCUUAAAGCCGCCAUUGAUACCGUAUUUUCCAACAAUAACUUGAGUAUGACUCAGGUGAGGGGACAAGGUUAUGAUGGAGCAAGUAAUAUGAGUGGUGCAUUCAACGGUUUAAAAUCUUUGAUUUUAAAUGAAAACAAUUCUGCACAUUAUAUACAUUGUUUUGCACACCAACUUCAAUUAGUGGUUGUGGAGGUUGCAAAGAAACAUGAUGAUGUUGAUGAAUUCUUUGAACAACUAGCUUUGGUGGUUACUGUCGUUUGUGGUUCUUGUAAGAGAAAAGAUAUGAUACGAGAGAUGCAAAAAGAAAGAGUGGCAGCUGAAAUUGGUAUCGGUGAAACAGAAACAGGAAAAGGGUUGAAUCAAGAGAUUUCUCUUAUUCGAGCUGGAGAUACUAGAUGGGGUUCACAUUUUAGAACAAUUGUAAGUUUGGUGAAUUUGUUUGCAGAAGUUGUUGCGGUACUUAAAUAUGUCAAAGAGGAGGGGUCUACUUUAUCUAACCGUAAUCAAGCAAAGGAUAUGCAAAUUCAAGAAUUUGGGGAUAGAUUUAGUGAAGUUGGCACGGAGUUGAUGGAGAACAUGGUGGCAUUGAGUCCUUGUGACUCAUUUUCUGGUUUUGAUAAAACAAACUUGUUAAAGCUAAGUGAGAUAUACAAAAACAAUUUUGACGAUUCAGAAAGGGCGCAACUUAAUGGACAACUUGAUAUCUAUUAUCACUCUUUGCUCCAUGAUGAAAGAUUUUUCAACUUGAAUGGAAUUGCUGACCUCUCUCGUUUGUUGGUGGAAACCGAGAAGCACCUCUCUUUUCCUUUGGUUUAUAGAUUAUUAAAACUAGCUUUGGUUUUGCCCGUCGCAACCGCAACCGUUGAACGGUGUUAUUCUGCGAUGAAGUUCUUGAAGACUGAUUUGCGUAAUAGAAUAGGUGACGAUUUUAUGAACGGUGCUUUGAUUUGUAGUGUAGAAAAAGAAGCACUAGAGAAUGUUAAGACUGAAAAUGUAAUUACUCGCUUUCGUAAAAUGAAAGAUCGAAGAGGUGAACUUUAA